AUGGGUCACACGCCUGCCAAAUUGGUCUUGCUACUCAUGGCAGCAGCGGCGGCUUGGAGCAGUUUCUUCCUCGUCGCCGGCGCGGCACGCGCCGCCCCCGCGAGCUGCAGACCGCAGGAGAGGGGCGCCUUGCUGGCAAUCAAGCAAGGCAUCGCCGAAAAGGAGGACCUCUGGUCGUGGCAACAGGAGAGCCAAGAUUGCUGCCAAUGGAAACGCAUCACCUGCAACAGCGUAACCGGCCAUGUUAUGGAGCUUGACCUUAGUGGAAGUUAUUUACAAGGCCAGAUAAGUCCUUCCUUGCUUUCUCUAAAGCAUCUGGAGUACCUAAAUCUCCGAUCGACGUUCCUGUGUGGGCCUGAUGGCCGUCUUCCAGAGUUCCUGGGUUCAUUGAGUAACUUGAGACAUCUGGAUCUCUCGUAUUUAAAUUGCCCCGGUGAAUUGCCUCUCCAGCUUGGCAACCUGUCAAAGCUGGAAUAUCUUGACCUCACACACUUAUAUGAUGACUCCAGAAGGAGCAUGGGCUUAACAGAUAUCUCAUGGUUAGCCCGUCUAACUCUGUUAGUGCAUCUUGAUAUGAGUUAUACCAACCUCAGCUCAAUUGCUGACUGGCCUCUUGUGCUGAACAUGAUUCCAUCUUUGGAGGACCUUCGUCUUGCUUCCUGCUCACUGUCAAGUGCAAACCAAUUCCUUCAAAUCCUAAACCUCACAAAUCUUCAUCAUCUUGACCUCUCUAACAACCACUUUGGUCAUUCAAUUGCAUCCAGUUGGUUUUGGAACGUAACAAGCAUCAAGUACCUCGACCUUUCGGCAACCACUCUAGAUGGUCCAUUUCCUGAUGCACUAGGAAAUAUGACGUCUCUCCGAUGGCUGCUUUUGAGCUACAUGGGUAACAAAGCCACACUGACAGUAGACUUGAAAAUUCUAUGUGAUUUGAAAAUAGUAUGGCUUCAGGAGAGUCUCUCCUACGGAAACAUAACAGAGUUUCUAGAAAGGUUACCACAAUGUCCAUCCACCAGAUUGCAAGAACUGAGCUUAAAUGGGAACAAUAUGGUCGGAAUGCUGCCACACAGAAUGGUUCAGUUAAGGAGCUUAUCUUGGCUUGACCUAUCUAACAAUAGCAUUGCUGGAACUAUACCUCUAGGCAUAGAUAGUUGCUCUUAUUUAGAGUACCUUGACCUUUCUAGCAACUAUCUUACUGGAGCCAUACCGUCAGGAUUGGGGAAUUGCACGGCUCUGCAGCAUGUUUCUCUUUCAAGUAACAAUCUUACCGGACCUAUACCGCCAGGGAUAGAUAGUUAUACUAGAUUAGAGGACCUGAAACUUUCGCACAACAAUAUUAAUGGAGCUAUACCACUGGGCCUUGGAAACUGCACUUGCUUAUAUGAGCUUGACCUUUCGCAUAACUAUCUUACUGGACCUAUACCGCAAGGGCUAGCGAGUUGCACUCGAUUAGAAUCCCUUGAUCUUUCUAACAACCUUCUAACUGGAAAUGUGCCAACUAAGAUUGGUAUCCUAGGUAAUUUGUACGACCUAGACCUUAGCAACAAUUAUCUCGACGGUGAAGUCACGGAGGAACACCUGGUUAAUCUGAAGAACUUAAAGAACCUGGAUUUAUCACACAAUGCUUUCUCUGGGCCUGUUCCAAUAUAUUCUCAACCUCAAGCAUUUAUAACGUUGACUUUAUCCUUCAAUUACUUCAAUGGUCAUAUUCCUGAAUAUAUUUGUCAGUUAAGGGAUCUUGUUGUGCUGGACUUAUCAAACAACUUACUAGAAGGCAAACUUCCUCAGUGUUCUUAUGAGCUCUUGCUUUUCAUCCUCUUAAGUAACAAUAGCUUUUCUGGCAAGUUUCCAUCAUCACUCCGAAAGUACUCGAGUUUGGCUUUCCUUGAUCUUUCCUGGAAUAAUUUCUGUGGUAAAUUGCCGUUCUGGAUUGGAGACUUGGUAAAUUUGAGAUAUCUACAGCUAAGCCACAACUUGUUGUAUGGAGAUAUUCCGGUGACUAUCACAAACCUUACGCACCUCCGUCACUUGAAUUUAGCGGGAAAUAGUAUAUCUGGAGAUAUACCAAGGCCCUUGUCAAAAUUAACAGGAAUGACCUACACAGGUCCAAAAAAACUGAAGGACGACAAGUUCUCCGGGUACAGCUAUGUAGUUACAGAAGUUUGGUCAGUUGUGAUGAAGCGCCAAGAACUUAAAUACGGUAAUGGAUUUUUUGAUUUGGUCAGUAUGGACCUAUCCUUCAACAACUUAACUGGUGGAAUUCCAGACGAUAUAACAUCUCUUAAUGGACUUUUGAAUUUAAACAUAUCAUGGAAUCACUUGAGCGGAAAAAUUCCCAUGAAGAUUGGUGCUAUGAAAUCAGUCGAAUCACUGGACCUCUCAAGGAACAACCUUUAUGGUGAAAUACCAGAAAGCUUGUCAGAUCUGACGUUUUUAAGCUCAUUGGAUUUGUCAUAUAACAAUCUUACAGGAAGAAUUCCACCAGGAACUCAACUGGACACCCUCUACACGGAAAACCCAUCCAUAUACACUGGAAACACUGGUCUGUGUGGGCCUCCUCUUGAAAGAAAUUGCUCAGGAGACAAUCCACCAAAGCAUGUGAAUCAGAAGAUAAGUGAGAAGUUUUCUGAGCCAGUGGUGUUCUUUUAUUUUGGACUUGGGUCAGGGUUCAUGGCAGGGCUCUGGUUCGUGUUUUGUGCUCUGUUGUUCAAGAAAUCAUGGAGAGUCGCAUAUUUCCGCAUCUUUGACAAGUUGUAUGACAAUGCAUAUGUGUUUAUGGUUGUUACUUGGAGAAGGAUAGAUGACAAAACUACAGGUUGA